AUGACUGGACCGUUCGCCCCAUAUCAGACACCUCACUAUGAGGCAUCCGGCGAUGGCUACGACCUUGUUUAUCCAGAUGUUUACGAAGACGAACAUCAUCAGCGCAUUGGCAAGCUUUUGUUUCCGGAUAUUGUGGAACUGGAAGGGUCAGGCGCUGGAGAUCUGUACAGCAAAUACGGUAAGAGCUAUUCAUCGAAUUUGGCCCGGAAGAUUACCCACUUCUUGUUCGGCUACCCGGAAGGACCUGACGAACCACCUGAGGAGAUUCUACGGUAUACGUCGAAACCGAAACAUCUUUUGAUACGGUGUUCUCAACAACUUCUUCGCCCGAUCAUGAGCAUGAAGGUAAAAAAGAUUUCAGUUAGUCCACAGUUCAUGUAUCUCGAAGCUCCUCCUACUGACUGCUAUUGCGAUGAAUCAUGCCUCGCAUUAGGGGACUGCUGUUCGGACUACACCUACGUCUGUCCACGCAGAGACUGUCGUGUAUCAGAAUGGGCUGAGUGGGAGCAGUGCAUACCUGACGAAGGCAGCUGUGGGAAUGGAAUAGAGCAACGAGUCCGCCAAGUUAUAGAUCCUCCUGCAAGAGGGGGAAAAGAGUGUCCAGCGCUCAAAGAGAUGCGUACCUGCUUUAAACAAUGCACGAUCAGACGAUCACUUGACGACUUAACAACUGUUGCGUUGAUAAUCGAUUAUCGAUUCAAUGACACUCGAUCGAAAAUGGCUCGGGACAAUAUCUACUGGGACCUUCCAUCAGUGUACGAGAAGCUUAAGAAAGCCUCGAAUUACUGUGUCAAGUACCGCAUCGGCUGGAUUGUGGGUUCCGAACAAAAGGCCCUGAUUCACGAUGACCCGGGCGAGUGUGCGACAACUGGUCUAUACUUUGCGUGCCCCAAAUACACAAGUCCAAUUUUACAGGAUUCUUCGUAA